GAAAAGUUUGUGUUCCCUCAUUUAAAGAUGUUGAACCUUUAUGAGUUGCCACAACUUGCUCACUUUUACCCUCAAACAUUCACUAUGGAAUGUCCUGCGUUAAAUAACUUAUCUGUGUUGGAUUGUAAUAAAUUGAAGUUAUUUGAAAGUGCACACUCAAAGGGUAAGCGUGAAGGUAGUACCUCAAUUAACAGACUGCCUUCUAUGUCAUUUUUAAAGGUCAUUUCCAACCUGAAGGAAUUGAAACUUGAUUGGCAACACAUUUUGGCAUUAAGCUUAAGGUUUAGGUCAGAGCAAUUUACUGGAGGCCUCAAAUAUUUAAAUAAAAUUUCCCUGUUCCUUAACACUGAUGAGAAUGAGAAGCCUAUCUUGCCAAUUGAAAUACUGCGAAAGGCACCCAAUUUAACAGAAAUGAGCAUAAAAUAUCGCAGUAGUCCUGAUAUAUUCCUUGUUGAAAACCCCAAAAUUGGUGAGGACAGGAUGCUUGGACAGUUAAGAAUAUUGACACUAUACAAAGUACAUGAGCUCCAAUCCAUCAAACCACAGGACUCAUCAUGGUUGAACACAAUCAGUGAGAAGCUCCACGAAUUAUAUGUUUGUGAAUGUCCUGAUUUGUCAACAUUAGUACAUUCUACUGCUACAAUAUCUUUCUCUUGUCUGAAAAAAUUGUCUAUAUCCAACUGUCCCCAAUUGCAAUAUUUAUUUACAUCAUUCAUGGCAAAAAAGCUAAUGAACCUUGAGGAGAUAACAAUCAAGGAAUGUGAAUCAGUGAAAGAAAUAAUAGCUAAACCCGAAGAUUCAACUUCAGAAGCCAUUAAGUUUGAGUGGCUCAACACCAUUGUUCUUGAUUCUUUACCGAGUCUGAUAUGUUUUUAUUCAGGUGGUGAUACUCUGCAAUUAUCGUCUUUGAUAAAAGUGCAUAUAUGGCAAUGCCCCAGAAUGAAAUAUUUUUCCCAAGGAGGCAUAGAUGCAAAAUCUUUUGUAGGAGUUCAAAUGUCGCUUAAUCCAAAUGAUGAUUUGUUCUUCCACGAAGAUCUUAAUGCCACUAUAAGAGAGAUGUUCCAACAAGAGGUUCAAGGAAUAGGAGGAGUCGGAAUCCAAUUAUAGGUGAAGGAGAUAGCAUCCUGACAACAAAUGGAGGGCUUUUCUUUUCUGUUGUAGUGUGGUGUUCAUGAAUAAAGUUUUCCUAUAUACCUAUAGGAAAUAUGUGUGGUUCUUGAGUUAUAUAUACAAGGGUAGGGUGUUUUAUGAAUAAAGUGAUCAUGUAUUUAUACAGGAGCAGACGUGCGAAUGGUUUUUAAAUUAUAACAAAGGGUGUUUGUGUUUCAUACA